UAUACGCGUAGCAGAACAAGAGAAAGGCUUUCCCUGCUUUUCUCGGCCAGCUGAUGUUUUAGACGCCAGACAAGUUGGGGCUGUGCACAAGGAAAACGCCUACGCUGGAAGCCGAUUGACACCACACACAUUACAUUAAAAAAAAAACAAGCCUUUGUGUUGUCACUAUCAAAUAUAAAACCAGCCCAAUAUAUUCUGCUCAAAUCGAACCUCCCGGCCCCUCGGCCGGAUCGGAAAAGUGCAUACAAAGUGAACAUUGAUUUUUAGCCAGUGCCGUGUUCCUCGAGUACCACCAAGAACAACAGCGGAAAAAGCAACAAGAUGGUGCAAAAGUUCCAGUCUCCCGUGAGGGUCUACAAGUAUCCCUUCGAGCUGGUUAUGAAGGCAUACGAGCGUCGCUUUCCCACAUGUCCUCAGAUGCCCAUCGUUUUGGACUGCGAGAUAAUCAAGGACGAGUCACUGGAGAAUGGGGCUAAACGGAAUACCAGCAGGCGCUGCAAGUUGGCGGUGGAAGCGCCUUACAUCUUUAAGAAGCUGAUCGGUGUGGAUUUCGUGUUUUUCCUGCAGCACAAUUACCUUGAUAUGGGAAACCGCACGCUGAGCAUCGAGGCGGUAAACGAAAGCUUCUCCUCGCGCAUCGAGAUCUUCGAGAGGUGUCGCUACUACUCGCAUCCCGACAACUCGGAAUGGACGUGCUUCGAUCAGACGGCAACGUUGGACAUUAAGAACUUCUUUGGCUUUGAGCAUUCCAUGGAGAAGAUGGGAAUGAAGCAGUACACCCAGACAACGCUCAAGGGUAAGGAGAUAAUUGAGUACUUCAUUGGCCAGCUGCGCGAGGAGGGUAUCACACAUGUGGACCGCUGGACGCCACCGGCCGACGCUCCCAAGUCACCGGUCUUGGACCCAGCACCAGAUCAGCAUCACGACAUUAUGCUUGACGGUGACUUCAUCGCUCGCAGUCUGGGCCAACUCACGCCCAUGCAGGAGUCCAAGCUGCUCGAGCUGCGAAAAAUGCUAGAUGGUGUCGAUGAUCUGGAGCGAUUGCCCAGUUAUCAGACCAUCUUGCGUUUCUUGGCAGCCAGGGACUGGCAUGUAAGUCAGGCCUUCGCCAUGCUCUGCGAUUCGCUUCGCUGGCGUCGGGAGCACCGCAUCGACGCCCUGCUGGAGGAGUACACCGCUCCAGCUGUGGUGGUGGAGCACUUUCCGGGCGGCUGGCAUCACCACGACAAGGACGGACGGCCCGUUUACAUUCUUCGAUUGGGCCAUAUGGAUGUCAAGGGCCUGCUGAAGUCGCUGGGAAUGGAAGGACUGCUGCGUUUGGCUUUGCACAUUUGCGAGGAAGGCAUACAGAAGAUCAACGAGUCCGCGGAACGCCUGGAGAAACCUGUGCUCAACUGGUCCCUGCUCGUUGACUUGGAGGGGCUGUCCAUGCGUCACUUGUGGCGACCCGGAAUCAAGGCUCUUCUAUACAUCAUCGAGACAGUGGAGCGCAAUUACCCAGAGACAAUGGGCCGUGUUCUGGUAGUGCGGGCGCCAAGGGUGUUCCCCAUAGCCUGGACCAUUGUUAGUGCUUUCAUUGACGAGCACACCCGCUCAAAGUUUCUAUUCUACGGCCCCGACUGCGUGCACAUGAGGGAUGGCCUGGCGCAGUAUCUGGAUGAGGAAGUAGUGCCAGAUUUCUUGGGUGGACCAUGCAAGACCAUGAUACAUGAGGGCGGACUAGUGCCCAAAACGCUCUACAAGAUGAACUCGCUGGAGGAGGAUCACGAUGACGACGUGGCCGCCGUUGAGUUGCCAGCCACUGCCAGUGCCGCCGAGUCAAUCGCCCCGGCCAAGCGCCUGUCCACAAUUAUCCAGCACGACCAUCAGAACCUGUACAAGAGCGUGGAGCUGAAGGCGGGCUUUAGUCACGAGCUUCUUAUCCGAAACGAAGACCCAAAGAGCGUCUUGACAUGGGACUUUGAUGUGAUGCGCAACGACUUGCACUUCACGCUCUACCGGGUCACCCAGGAGCUGCCGGAGAAGAAUGAUGCCGCGGUGUCGUACUUCGACCUGCAGGAUUUCGUUGAGGGCGUCAACUAUUUUCGGGAGGAGCCCACUCUCAUUUGCCGACACAAGGAGAGCGUCCAGGGCUCGCAUGUGAUGCACCACAACGACAGCUAUUUAAUGCACUGGUUCAGUCCCUCGGGAGCUCAGUUGAAUGUCUUUUACGAGGUGCUCAGCUCUGUCAACUACAAGGGCUCAAUGACAAGCCUGCAAUCGGCCUUCUCCUCGAACUCGUCGGCGGCCAGCUCUGUCCAAAGUCGAUGAUAUGAGACGAAGGAAGAGGGUGCGGUAAGAGGCGGAGCCGAUGGGAUGUCUUCUCCAUUGGAGGAGCCACUGGAAGCGAAUAUGCUAACUGGCACGCUGAUAGAGAAAAGCGUCAAUCUAUCCGACACUCUCGAUAUAUUUUUUUAGGAGGAAAAGUGGCAAUCUCAUUCUAGUUUCUUUCUUUAGUUAAUUUAGCAAACUGCUUUUUGAUUUAUAAAUUUUUCUUCAGCCUGUUUAAUAUAUAUUUUUUAAUAUUUAUAAUUCUUUUUUUGUACAUUUUGGCUUUUUUUUGUAGAUGAACAGUUCGGAAAUGAAUAUUUUAUUUAAAAAAAGAAUUGUCGAAUGUCUUAGGAAUUUUAAAUCAUUACUAAACAUGUUUAGAAUAUUAAAUGCAAAAGGAAAACACAUAUUUCAGAGGAAUGAAAUUACUAUGCAACGCAGCAUUCCGACUUUAUCACAUUAUUAGAUUUUAUUUUCGAAUCAGCCAUCUUACAUCAAUAAUGUUUUAUUUGCUAAUUGUGCUACUAUAAUAAUACUAGCUAGUAAGAAAAUGCGUACCUCUUUGAAAACGUGUUUUUUAAAAAAUGCACAACUUAUAUUUCUGACAUUCAGAUUAAA